CUAGAAAAAGGAUACUACCGGUCACUACGGACAGUUCCAAUCAGCUGAUUGUAUAAUGUAUUGUGACUCUAAACAAACCUUAACCAACACAUGAAACAUAACCUAAAUUAAAUACUGAUAUUAUGUUUGAACAUUUUAAAAAGUAAAGCAAGUGAAGGUAGAGUAAAGUUGUGUUCAUUUUUAAAAUAAUUAAUUAAGAGGGAUCCCAUUUUUAAUAUUAAAUUAUGUACGUUCGUGAAGUUUUUUUAGUUUUUAAACGAUUUGCUGGGCACAGCAAGUGGCAAAAUAUAAGGCAUACUAAAGCAUUAAAGGAUACUCAGAGAUCACUGCUUUAUGUUAAAUUUUGCCAAAGAAUCAAAGUUGCUAUUCAAGAGAACGGGAACAAUACCAAUCCACUUUCAAACCUCCACCUUGCUCAAGCUAUUGAAAAUGCAAGAAAAGGUGAUAUGCCUAAUGCAACAAUCCAGAGCUGUAUUAAAUCAACACAGGUCGAUAAGGAUGCUUCCAAAACCUACACAUACAGUAUAAAAGGACCAAGAGGUAGUAUUCUCCUGGUGACAGCACUGACAAAUUCACAGAAAAAAACUAAACACGACUUCCAAUUCAUUCUAAAGAAAAUUGGAGGAAUAAUGUCUGAUCAGUCAUUAGAAGGAAACUUUGAUAAAAAAGGAAUGAUUGUGGGUAUUCCUCCACCUGAUGUUACUAACAUUGAAGAAACCAGUGUUGAUCAUGCCAUCGAAGCAGGGGCAGAAGAAGUUUUACCUCCAGAUGAAAACAACAAACUAACAUUUUACUGUGACAUGGGACAACUGCAUAAAGUCCGAGACAACCUAGCGGAACUGAAGUACUCGAUAGAAGAAACAAAGAUAACUUUAAUUCCUAAAAUGAAAGUGAGUUUGAAUGAAGAUGAAAUGGACUUUAUGAGCAAUAUAGUUGCAAAACUGGAAGAUCACCCUGAAGUUGUUGACAUAUACGAUAAUAUAGAAUAAAAAUCUGUUUUAGAAAGAGUAAAUAAAUAUAAAAUAUUUAUUCUUAUAA